CGGCCCCGUCUCGCCUCGCUGCGCGGGGCCAUGGCGGCGGCUGCGGCCGCUUGUCCCGGCGGGGCCGGUGCGGGGGAGCGGCGGGAGCAGCCGGGGGGCGCGGCGGGAGGGCGCCAGGCGCUAGGACCCAGGUUUGUGUACGAGAACAAAAACACGUCUUCUCCUAAAAUCUACGUCUUGCAGCCUUGGAUUGCGAACCUCUUGGUGAAUUACGAGCAGCUGGAUGACAAUGAGAAUCUGCUGGCUGGGCAGGUCCUGCGGGUUUUGAGUGACUCAACUGCUCCAGACCAACCUGGGGUCCUCCAAGAUGCCGUCCUACAGGUCUCAGAUGGGUCCUACUACAUCCGCGUGGUCAUUACAUCCGAAGCUCUGCAGGCGGAGGAAAACACCCACAUGCAGCUCAGGCUUUCCAGCCUUAUUUGCAGAAUUAUUGUCUUGCAGAAGUACACGGUGUGUUUCCGGGAGGAAGCCAGGCUGGAGGACUGCGAGUUCUACCUGACGGCCCAGCAGUUCAUCGUGCUUCCCAUGGAGAGGCAGAGGUUGGAGUCAUCUGAUGGGAACCAGGAGCCCUCUGUGCUGCAGAAGAUAAAGGAGCUCUGGCUGAGGAGUGUCGCGCUGAAGAACGCUCCCAGCUCAGAGCCGUCCAUCUCUCAGCUGAUCGAUGCCAUAGGACAGAACCAGCUGGAGGUUUUGAAGGAAAAUGCAGAGGAAUGCUUGGAUUUACGGAUGCCCAAGGAGACCCCAACGACGGUGAAGGACGAGGUUCCCGUCACCCAGUGGGAAGCCGAGCGCAAGAAGGAGCGGGGUGAGGACGUCUUCACGGUCCCGGCCAACGCCCUGGUGAUCCCUCCUGAGGAGGGGCCAGUUGCUUGCGAUGCUUCCAGGGCAGACACAAGCGAAGCAACUCCCGGGAAGAGUGACGAUGGCAGCAUGAUGCCGGGCGACUCCAGCAUUGUAUCCCAAGCCAGCCCUGCCGAGUCGACAGCCUUGUCGGAGAGCUCGGAGGGAUCCCUGGACAACCCCUGGAACAGGCUCCCCCCGAUAUCUUUGACCCUGAACUCUUCGGAUGAGAAGAUUGUUCCCCACGACCUUUCACCGAAGAUCCAGCAAGACGUGACGGCUGACAGCAACACCCCCGACUUGCUUGAACCCUGCAGCCAGGACUCCGCCGAGGACUUGCGGCACGGAGAGCCGGCGCAGACCUCCUCUCCCUCCCUGCUCCGCUCUUACGGCAACGCCAGCCCACCGGAGACCGACGCCGCUUGGGCAACCUCAGCUGCGGAGGCGGCCUGUGAUGCCCCCUGCCCUGCUCGAAGCCCGCAGGUACCGGGGGGCUCUCGGACCACCCUGCCGUCUCUUUCUCCGGCUUUUCCCGUCUUGCCCAGCAGCCGCUCGCAGUCCCUGCCUGAAGGGAUGCCUCACAGGGAGCAGGCGGACUCCAGUGGCACAGCUUUCCCUCCAGACGCCUUCAAGUGCGGUCCGGCUCGCGCCAGGACCCAGGGCGGAGGAGAUGCCGUGGGUGCCAAGAGGAAGCUGCCGGCAGGAGACGGCCAGCAGCAUCCCCGGGGUGCCCCGUGGGGCAGGAGGCCGGAGCUCGCGAGCACACGGGGCGCAAAGAAGAGCAGAAAGGAGGAGACGGGGCUGCAGUUUGGAAAGGAGCUCAAGGAGGAGCGUGAGGAGGAGGAAGAGGAAGCAUCCUCAGCGAGCAGCCCCAGCUCCCGGCCGGAGCAGCGCAGAGCUCUGCAGCCGUACGUGAUGAAGAAGCCGGCCCAGUACCGCUACGAGGCGCCGAGCCCCGAGCUCUGCGAGCGGUUAAGAUCCGUCAGGAUCUCGAAGGCGAUGCUGAAGUGGGCGUGCUGGAUACUCACGGACAGGGAGGGGGACUCCUGAGCCCAGACCGUCCUUCGUUUCUUCACCGAAAUGAUUUAGGGCUGCCUGGGAAGAGCACUUGGGGAGGGAUGGGGAGGGGGGGAUGACGACACACACCAGGACCCCUGUCCCCAAGGGGACCACUGAGUGGGUCGGCCUGGCUGCAGAGACCCUGGCUCCAGAGAUGCUGGGGACAUGACCUGAGCGAGGCCAGCACCCUCAGCGCUAAGAGAGGGAUUAAAAAAAAAAAAAACAAAAAAACCAAAACCCCUCUGUUCAGGGACGCCUGGGCAUGAGCUGGCAUCCCUCUCCCACCUCUCCCUCCUUUCCAAACCCCCUGGCCCAGCGAGUGGGGACAAAAGGUGACCCGGUGCCACCGUAGCAGGGGCAGCAGCGAUGGCAGAAGCCCCCACAACCUGAUCCCCGCUCUGAAGGUGGCGUAGGAGUUUGGAUGUUUUAUUGAUUGGUUUAGGUAGGGUCCUGCACUGUUCGUUACAAAAAAUAUCCCGCGGGGUUAUGCUAUAGAAAUUAAAAAUAAAAAUUGUCUAUUUUUUAAAUACACAGCUCUCAUAUUAAAAAAAAAAAGGGAAAAAAAAUAAAA